AUGCUUCCACGUUUCCUCUGGAUGUUGGGAUGCAGCUUCCUCCUCCUUCAAGUCGUCGGCACUCCACGAGGCGCAGCCGCAGCACCGACGCUUUUUGGAAAGUCGGAGGUCGAGGAGUUGCCGGAGGAGCAGGUUUUGCGUCAGUACUUGGAACUCCUGCGCUUCCGUAGCCUCAUGGAUGAUGACGAGGACGCCGAAAGUGUGGACAAACGUGCCCGUUUCCAUCCGCGGCUAGGCAAGAGGAAAAUUAACUUCUACUCCCGUCUGGGUAGGAUUGUCAUCCCUAGAACAAAGGACUUCGUUGAACCACGUUAUUUAAAAAAACCUAAAGCAGUUUGA